AUGGAUAUGGCGAAGGCCGAUUACCAUAUAAAAUACAUGGAGACGGAGCCGAUCCAAGCGGGAUUACCCACUGCUCCCUCCCGGGAUUUAAUUAAUGUCGAGACGUACGACGACUAUUUAAUGAUGGUCAGUCCUCAGGUCCAUCAAAACAUUUUUGCUUUAGAAAAGCUGCAGACAUCUUUUCGAACAAAGCGCCUCGAGACCUUUCAAAAAACACACACCCUCCAACGACGGUUUCAUGGCGUGGCUUACCAAUUGGAAAAUAAAUUACACGAAUUAUCGAAGAAGAUUCCCUGCUACUGGGGUCGCAUUUUGAAUAUCUCCGAUUUGAAUUACAACAACUUAGCAGACGCAAACGCACUGAAAUACCUCUCAGAUGUCGUCGUCGAAAGCGUUCCUUUGGUCUCGUCGACUUUGGCUGAUAAAACCCCUUGCCUUUUGGCACUCUAUAGAGUUCAUUUCAUUUUCGAACCAAACCCUUUAAUGCAAAACACUGAAGGUAUUAAAAGUGUGUACUUUAAGGUUUGCGGAUACAACAAUCCUGACAUGGAAAUGCUCGAACCCGAAGAAGAGACAGACCAACCCAUUCUGUGGAACCCUGGAAAGGAUCCUAGGGUUUCCCGCCCAAGCAAAAAAAGAAAAGGAAACAUGCCUGCGCCGAAGCCGCACGUUAUUCAAUCGUUCUUCCAUCUUUUUGACGAUCUCAAGCACGAGAGCGAAGACGGCGAGUUCUCACAGGUCAUCGAAAGUGCGAAAGAAGAAGAGAGGAAAAUGCACUUCAAAAUAUUGAUGGGAUUUAUCAAUGAAUUAGUCGACAAUUCCAUUUCCUUUUUCGAUGAAACUAUCCCAAACAGAGCAGCGAUGACAAGCACGUACCAACUUGAUAACGAUAUGCAAAAUAUGGAGUUGGAUGAUGGAGGGUCGGAUGUCAGCAACGAGUCGAGUGAAGAUGAUAUCGUUGAAAUUGAAGAAGUCCCACAACAUCUCCAAGCUCCUCCUGAUUGUACGGCUCAAUGA